CGCCGGCCCUCGCGCCGCCGCAGAGGUGCUGCCCUCAAUGGCAACGACCCCGAAACAUGCAACAUGGCAGCAGCCAUGGAAACUGAACAGCCGGGCCUCGAGAUCUUUGAAACUGCGGGCAGAGAGGAGCAGGUCCAGAGGGAGGAGCAGCCCAAACCAGAACCUUUCUAUGUAGAGAGACAUUCCUGGAGCCAGCUUCGGAAACUGCUCACAGACACACGGAAGUAUCAUGGCUACAUGAUGGCAAAAGCCCCUCAUGACUUCACGUUUGUGAAGAAAAAUGAUCCUGAAGGACCUCAUUCCGAUAGGAUCUACUAUCUGGCAAUGUCUGGUGAGAACAGGGAGAACACGCUCUUCUACUCUGAGAUUCCCAAAACCAUAAACAAAGCUGCAGCUCUGUUGCUUUCCUGGAAGCCUCUUCUGGAUCUUUUUCCGGCCAUCCUGGACUAUGGGAUGUACUCUCGCGAAGAGGAGUUGCUGCGGGAGAGGAAGCGGAUUGGCACCAUAGGGAUUGCCUCUUACGAUUACCACCGGGAAAGCGGCACCUUCCUGUUCCAGGCAGGGAGUGGAAUUUAUCAUGUGAAAGAUGGAGGCCCUCAUGGAUUCACUCAACAGCCUUUAAGACCUAUUCUGGUAGAGACCAGUUGUCCAAAUAUCCGCAUGGAUCCCAAGCUUUGUCCAGCUGAUCCAAAUUGGAUUGCAUUUAUCCACAGCAAUGACAUCUGGAUAUCUAAUAUAGAAACAAGAGAAGAAAGGAGGCUAACAUUUGUGCACCAUGAGCUGGCAAAUGUUGAGGAUGAUCCAAAAUCUGCUGGUGUGGCAACUUUUGUGCUGCAGGAGGAGUUUGACAGAUACACUGGCUACUGGUGGAGCCCAAAGGCACAGCCAACACUGAAUGGGGGUAAAGUUCUUCGAAUUCUUUAUGAAGAAAAUGAUGAGUCAGAGGUGGAAAUUAUUCAUGUCACAUCACCCAUGCUGGAGACAAGAAGAACAGAUUCCUUCCGGUACCCAAAAACUGGUACAGCAAAUCCAAAGGUCACUUUCAAGCUCUCAGAAGUGACAAUCAAUGCGGAAGGCAGAAUUGCAGAUGUUGUGGAUAAAGAGCUAGUUCAGCCGUUCGAGAUCCUCUUUGAAGGAGUAGAGUACAUUGCUAGAGCUGGGUGGACGCCAGAAGGAAAAUACAUCUGGUCCAUCUUACUGGAUCGCUCCCAGACUCGACUUCAGAUCGUCUUGAUCCCUCCUGCAUUAUUCAUCCCCACAGAAGAUGAUGCAAUGGAAAGACAGAAACUUAUCGAUGCUGUACCGGAUUCUGUUACACCUUUCAUUAUUUAUGAAGAAACAACAGACAUCUGGAUAAAUAUCCAUGAUAUCUUCUAUGUCUUCCCUCAAACCCAUGAAGAUGAGAUAGAGUUCAUUUUUGCCACCGAGUGUAAAACAGGAUUCCGGCACCUCUACAAAGUCACCUCUGUUUUGAAGGAGAGCAAAUAUAAGCGGUCAUGUGGAGGCCUCCCUGCUCCAAGUGACUUCAAGUGCCUCAUCAAAGAGGAGAUAGCGAUUACCAGUGGGGAAUGGGAAGUGCUUGGCAGACAUGGAUCCAAUAUCUAUGUUGAUGAAGCUAAAAAACUGGUGUACUUCCAAGGCACAAAAGACUCGCCUUUAGAGCAUCACUUGUACGUUGUUAACUACGAGCAUCCAGGAGAAAUAAAGCGGCUGACGGAACGCGGUUACUCUCACGCCUGCUGUGUCAGCCAGGAUUGUGACAUGUUCAUCAGCAAGUACAGUAAUCAGAAGAACCCGCACUGUGUGUCACUUUACCGCCUGACAGGACCUGAAGAUGGUGCAGCCCACAGGACAAAGGAGUUCUGGGCUACCAUUUUAGAUUCAGCAGGCCCUCUUCCUGAUUACAUUCCCCCAGAAGUGUUCUCCUUCGAGAGCUCCACGGGGUUUACGCUCUAUGGGAUGAUGUACAAACCUCACAACCUGCAACCUGGAAAGAAGUACCCCACUGUGCUCUUCAUCUAUGGAGGUCCUCAGGUACAGCUCGUGAACAAUCGGUUCAAAGGAAUCAAGUAUUUCCGUUUGAACACUUUGGCCUCUUUAGGCUACGUUGUUGUUGUCAUUGACAACAGGGGGUCCUGCCACCGGGGCUUGAAGUUUGAAGGAGCCUUUAAAUACAAAAUGGGACAAAUAGAAAUCGAUGACCAAGUGGAGGGGCUGCAGUAUUUGGCAUCACAGCAUGACUUCAUUGAUUUGGAUCGUGUUGGCAUUCAUGGCUGGUCCUACGGAGGCUACCUCUCUCUUAUGGCUUUAAUGCAGAGGUCAGAUAUCUUCAGGGUUGCCAUUGCUGGAGCACCCGUCACGCUGUGGAUCUUCUAUGACACUGGUUACACAGAGCGCUACAUGGGCCACCCGGAUCACAAUGAGCAGGGCUAUUACCUAGGCUCAGUGGCCAUGCAGGCGGAGAAGUUUCCUUCUGAACCGAACCGUUUGUUGCUGCUGCAUGGAUUCUUGGAUGAGAAUGUUCACUUUGCACACACCAGUAUUCUGCUCAGUUUCUUGGUGAGAGCUGGGAAACCGUAUGAUUUACAGAUCUACCCUCAGGAGAGACACAGCAUAAGGGUGCCUGAGUCAGGAGAGCACUAUGAACUCCACCUCCUGUAUUACCUGCAAGAGAACCUGGGCUCUCAUAUUGCUGCCCUGAAGGCAAUGUAACUGACCUCUGCAGAACUCUGCUCCACUGGCUGCUUCACCAGACAAGGAGACAUAGGAAACUAGAGAAAAUAGGAUGGAAUAUUGCAUUCUGGUGCCUGCCACAUGUACAAACACGUACACACACAGACACUUUUUUAAGAGCAAAUUCGGUGCCAUACAGGAAAUGAAAGACCAGUGACCUGAUAACUUGAAAGCUUAAGAUGGAAAUAAAAGCAGACGUCUGGGGUAUGACACAGUAUCAUGAGUGUUCUCUUGGGGGAGGAGCUGCAGCUGAAACCAACGUACUUCUACGGCACCAGAUCUUCACUUUUUAAAAGAAUUAUGACACAAUUGAUGUAUUUUUACAGUGUGUUCCUUGGUAUCUUAUUACAUAAUACUGGAUGAUUUACUCACUACCCAGCAAGGGUUUACCUGAAUGGUUCCAACUUGUAUUACAUUUUAAAUGCUAUCAUAUAGCUUUUAUGCUUCGUGAAAGGGAUGUGUCCCACUCCUUAGAAGCUGGUCACAAGGUAGACGCAUCACCUGCCCAGAUAUUGUUUUUUAAGAAGAAAGACUUCUAAGCUGCUUCCUAAGGAAUUGAAGUUCUGGAUUCAGUUCAGCUGAUGCCAGGUUCUUUUCAAUGAUUUCUUCUCUCCCCAGGAUGAAUAAUACUCUUCUUUCAGCAGCUUGAAAUCCUAUCCUGAUUGUACUUGAUUUCAGUGGGGAAGUGAAAAGAUAUUUUACUGUGAUACGGGCAUAACAAUCUUUUAUUCUGACAUGCAAACUAACUUAAGUCAAAGAGCUGAAACUCUGUACAUUUUCAAAUAAGCUUGAAAGUGCAGCUCAUUUCUCACUGACAUUUUCCCUGGGGCUGGUUUUGUAAUACUGUUUCUUCCCAUCACGUCAGCAUGAUAUAGGUAUAUGCAUCCUGUUACAAUUUUAAAACUCAGUACUCUCAUUCAAAGGUCUGCAGAGGAUUUGGGGAGGAGAGACCUUAUGAACACUACAUGUGAGGCAAUAUGAACUGCUUCAUUGAAUUUCCUGCUUGAUUUAAGGGACUGUUUCCCAGGUUUGUUCUCUGUUCAGUGCUCCAUUCCUGGAUCCUUUCUACCACUGCUGUGUAGCAUGAUUAUGAUGCUGUAUUUGAGAAACCCCCUUCUGUAUAGCUUAAAGUAACCCUGCUAAGCCUAAAGGAUAUUCAAUCCCAGUUGUGUUUUUUGCUAGUGAGGUUUUAACUAAGCAGCAGGCUUGGCUAAAAAGCAUCAUAAGCGUGUGAAGUCACUUCUAACUUGCAACAGGUCGUUUAGGAUAGAAACCCCAUAGCAAAAUGAUUCUCUUUAAUCCAGGAAAUUCUCCCCUUGGGGCUUGCCUCUGAGACUCCUAUAAGUUUUAAUGGUUUUCUUAGAAACCUAAGAACUUCCUUUUCUUUCUGUUUUGGUGCUAGAGAGAAGCAGAGCAUGAUUUUCUUUUCAUCUUUUGAAAACCUGGAAUCACUCUCAGUGUUUACGCUCUUAGUACUCCACAUGUUGUAACCUUGUAUUUUCCUUGCUUUUGUACUCUUCAGCUUGAUCCCGAGACUCCAGGAUUUAACACAACCUGGCUGUUUUGUAUCAAACCGCAUCGCUUUUCAGUUAGGCUGCUGGGCAUAUGCACCAAAGCUAUUGGAGCUGGUGCACUCAACAUGGUUGUAAAAUCUGUGUAUGAGAACGGGAUCUGGGUUUUAGGGGGGCUUACACAAAAGAUAGCCAAAGCAAACGGGCAUGUAGUAAAUGCGAAUAUCCUCUGAGGUGGGGAUGUUUGGUUUGGGCUAUUUUCUGGUUUUUGGAUCACAGUAAUUAUAUGUGGAUCAGUUAAAACACCAUUAGCAGGUCAAUAACAGGCUUACAGUUUUAUUUUUUGGGAAGGGCAUGGCAGGGAAGGAGCCCAGCUCCUCUAAUGUCUACUCCUAGUAGUUAAUGUGGCUGAAGUGAAUUCAGCAUCCCUAUGGAGUGUGCUCUAGUCAGUAUUGAGAUAUGGAAUCAUGUGCUGAUGCAUUUGAACUAGAACAACAUGACAGUGAGUAGAAGCAAGUAUAAGCUGUUCCUCUGGAAUUCCAUUGUGUUCCUGAUGUGUUUAUGCUGUAUUAUAUAUAUACAUAUAUCUAUAUCUGUUCAUAUAUACAUAUAUGUAUAAAAUUACACGUGGAUAGUAUCACCUUUUCCAAGGUUGUUUAUAUUUUGUUCAAUAUUAAAUUAACUUGCUUUUGGGGGUGUUUUUGUUCUUUUUCUAGAGGUAACUACCCUUGAAUGUAAAUGUAUAUGGUUUUUAAGAUGACAUUGAUGCUUUUGUUUAAAACCCAGAACAAAAAUGGCCUUCAGCAAACAGUGCUUUUUUGGGGAACUGAAGAACUGAAUGUUAUGCAAGUAAACCAGGCUAGGUUUUGAUUUAGCACAGGAUGGGAUAAGUGCUGACAUGGAAAUUUUUAAUGAUGCAUCCUUCCAUUGUUUUAAAUAUAUAUAUAUAUAAAAGCUAUUAAAGUACAGUGUACUGUAAGUACUCUAUUUUGCAACAUAAA